CUUGCUGAAUUCUAAGGAGUCCCAGGCAGAGCUGGGUUGGACCUCAUAUCCUUCUAAUGGGUGGGAGGAAAUCAGCGGUGUCGAUGAGAAAUACAAGCCCAUUCGCACAUAUCAAGUAUGCAACGUGAUGGAGCCCAGUCAGAACAACUGGCUCCAGACGGGUUGGAUAUUGCGGCAGGGCGGCCAGCGCAUCUUCAUCGAGCUGCAGUUCACUCUGCGAGACUGCAACAGUAUCCCAGGCGUGUCCGGUAGCUGUAAAGAGACCUUCAACCUCCUCUACGCCGAGUCCGACUGGGACCUGGACCGCGUCACCCGUGAAGACCGCUACAGCAAAAUCGACACCAUUGCGGCAGAUGAAAGUUUCACGCAGGGUGAUUUGGGAGAACGAAAGAUGAAGCUUAACACCGAAGUCCGUGAGAUAGGACAUCUCAACCGCAAAGGAUUCCAUCUGGCCUUCCAGGAUGUGGGCGCAUGUGUCGCGCUGGUUUCCGUGAGAGUGUACUACAAACGUUGUUUAUCAACGGUGCAGAAUUUAGCAGUGUUCCCGGAUACAGUAGCUGAAGCUGCUUUCUCGACUUUGGUGGAGGUGAGAGGGUCGUGCGUGAAUAACUCUGAGGUGGACACAGACAGUCCUCCCAGAAUGCAUUGCAGUGCUGAAGGAGAGUGGCUGGUGCCCAUCGGGAAAUGCAGCUGCAGCGCUGGGUAUGAGGAGGGACACAGCAGCUGUGAGGCCUGUCCCCCAGGCACCUACAAGAUGUCGUCACGGCAGCAAGAGUGUUUCCCGUGUCCAGCUAACAGCAAGGCUGAAGAAGAGGGCUCUGUGCUGUGUGUGUGCGAAGAUGACCACUUCAGAACUCCACUGGACCCUCCAUCCGCACCCUGCACGUGCCCUCCCUCUCCACCUCGUGAUCUGGUCUACACCCUCAAACAGUCCACGCUCAUUCUGGAGUGGGCUGCUCCGAAUGACUCAGGCGGCCGAGGGGAUCUCACCUACAGCAUAGGCUGCCGGCGAUGUGUCGGCCCCCCGCGGGCCCCGCAGGUGCAGUGUGAACCCUGUGGAGCCAGUGUGGGCUUCGUACCACAGCAGAGCGGCCUGACGGAGCGCACAGUCACCGUCGUGAACCUGCUGCCCAACACCAACUACUCCUUCAGCGUGGAGGCCCGGAACGGCGUCUCGGAGUUACUCCGCAACAAACGGUUCUACACACAGGUCAACAUCUCCACCAGCCUCCCAGCGCCUUCCCAGGUUAACGAGCUGCGAGCCGAGAAGGUUGAGCAGCGCAGUGUGACUCUGGCUUGGAGGGAACCCGUCGUGUAUCCCAACAGCAGCCGCACUGAAUACGAGAUCAAAUACUAUGAAAAGGACCAGAAAGAUCAGAGCUAUUCCACAGUAAAGACGGCCGCCACCAGAAUUAGCGUCAACAACCUGAAACCAGGCACCACCUACGUCUUCCUCAUCCGCACCUGCUCCAGCCCAGCACUUUCAUCUCUUUCCUCCUCUCCUCUUUCUUCUUCUUCUUCCUCCUCCUCCUCCUCCUCUUUGUCUCCAUCUUCGCCGUCUGCUUCCUCUUCCUCUUCCAGCCCUGUGGCAGCUGUGUCGCCCCCUACGCUUGACUACGGGGCGUACAGCGCACCGCUGGAGCUGCAGACGCUGGUGGAACUGGCCCUGGCCUCUAGUGAACAGAGUCCUGUGGUGAUCAUCGUUGUGGUUUCGGUGGCUGCUCUCAUCAUGUUACUUACUCUUGGAGUUGGAUUGCUCAUCUGGAGAAGACAGUGUGGCUACAGUAAAGCCAGCCAGGAGGGGGAUGAGGAACUCUACUUCCAGUUUAAAAUCCCAACCCGAAGGACCUACAUUGACCCAGAAACCUGUGAAGAUCUGCUCCAGGCUGUUCAUGCCUUUGCCAAAGAGCUGGACAUAUCUAGCAUCAAGAUCGAGAGGAUAGUCCAUACAGGAGACUUUGGCGAGGUGUGUCGAGGUUGCCUGAAGCUUCCCAGCAAACGAGAGUUGCCUGUGGCCAUAAAGACCCUUCGUGCGGGCUGCUCGGAAAAACAGAGACGCUCAUUCCUCAGCGAGGCAGGAAUUCUGGGACAGUUUGAUCACGCCAACAUUGUGCGUCUGGAGGGAGUCAUCACCAGAGGCAACACUAUGAUGAUUGUGGUGGAGAGCAUGGCCAACGGAGCCCUGGACUCUUUCCUGCGGAAACACGAAGGUCAGUUGACUGUUCUUCAGCUGGUGGAUUUGCUGAGUGGAGUGGCGUCUGGGAUGAAGUAUCUGACAGAGAUGGGUUUUAUCCAUCGCCGUCUGGCUGCUCACAAAGUCCUGGUGAACAGCAGCCUGGUCUGCAAAGUGUCAGGCUUCAGACCUCUUCAGGACGACAAAAUAGAGGCAGUCUACAGCACACUACACGGAGGGAAGAGUUUGGUGUUGUGGACGGCCCCAGAGGCCAUUCAGUACCAUCGUUACAGCUCCGCUUCUGAUGUAUGGAGCUUCGGUAUCGUCAUGUGGGAAGUCAUGUCCUUCGGGGAGAGACCGUACUGGGACAUGGGCAACCAAGAUGUAAUAAAAGCUAUAGAGGAUGGGUUCCGGUUACCUGCUCCCGUGAACUGCCCGCCGUCUCUGCACCAGCUCAUGCUGGAUUGCUGGCAGAAGGAGAGGACAGAGAGACCCACCUUCACCCAGAUCCACAGCGCUCUCAGCAAGACCAUGAGGAGCCCGGACAACAUCGGGUCCUCCACCCUGGGACGCAGUUCAGUUGGAGAGUGGUUAGAGGCUGUAGACAUGGGCCGCUACAAAGACAACUUCACUGCUGCUGGAUACUGUUACCUGGAGUCAGUGGCUCGCAUGACAGUUCAGGAUGUGUUGAGUCUCGGCAUCACCUCUCUGGAGCACCAGAAACAGAUCCUGUCCGCCAUACAGACUCUCAGAGCGCAGGUUAUCCAGAUGCACGGCCGCGGAGUGCAAGUCUGACAGACCCACAGCAGUGUGCCGACUCGCCGAGAAAAGACAUAUGGACGUCUGUUCUCGUAAUUACCCAGCAGGCCAUUCAGCGGUCAGGAGGUGAUAACCAAGUCACUGCAAAUGGUAGUUUUCUUCCUAAUCUUCGCUCUUUCAUUCUUUUAGUGAACACUGGUUCUUUUCUUCCACAAACAAGUUCUUGUUUUCUGAGUGGGACAAUGUCACAAGCAAGAAAAUCCCUCUAGAAUAACCUGUGUGCUGAUUUUGACCUGCUUUUGACAUGAGCUCUAUCCCUUUUAGUAGGACUUUAAGGUGGUCGAGACCCUCCGUCACUGUCCCAGAGAAGGGCGGUUUGACUCUGACCAAUCUCAGACCAAUCAAAAGGGUGACAUGUAUUCCUGUUUUCUUUAUCCAAGCAAAACAACUCAUGCUUUGUAGCCACUGAUCCUCCUUGUUAAGUGGACUAAACCAAGAGCAUGUCAUCCAUGACCAUUUGCUCCUCAGACUAGGUGAACAUCUUCAGGAAAUAAGUUGAGUUCUGAUGUAAGGAAUCUUAAAUAAUAUGUAAAUCCCUUUCUCUGUGUGUAUUCUUGAUUUGGUUACUGUCUACUUUUUUUCUUUUUGCUUUCUUUCCUCCACACUUUAAACUCAUUUCUGAAUUUCCGAGUUUAAAUUAGUAUUGUCGGACAUCUGUACUUGUAAUGUUCUUUUCUCGUUCUGUCUCCUAUAGGGACAAUGUUUGCACUGCAGUGUCCAUGACUUACAGAAGCUUGUACUAUAUUUAUUAGAUGAUUUAUUUAUCCGUUUACAGAUGCUUACUGAAGUUUGAAUGCAGAAAUAUUGUUUGAAAAUGGAAAACAUAGCACUGAAUCUGGACGUUCAGCUGUCAUUUCAUCAAAAUGCACUUCGAUUUUGUUUAUGUAAUUUCAUUUUUUCCCUGCACUUUGAAAGUGAGUGAGUGAAUGUGACUGGGAUGUAUACACACAUAUACAUUCACACAUUUACAGACUUUCAUUACACGCUGCAACGGCAGGUGCCCGAUACUCUCGGACAUGUACUUGAUAUUGGCGUUUCGUACAGCGGAAGUGGUUGUUCUUUAGCGAGAAUGUUCUGAAUGUUCUAGUGUUACUGAAUUUAGACUAUUGUGUGACGUGAGCGUGUGAACAAGACUUGGUUGGGUUUAAGCAGUAUUGAAUGAAAGCCUAAUUCAGAACAUUUACAGUUUGAUCAUAGAAAUAGGUCGGUGCAAAUCACAUAAAAAAAGACCGUGACACACAGGUUGGAUCUGGAUUUUGUCACAAAUACAUAUAGUACAAAACAAAUGACUGGUUUUUUUUCUUAUGUUAGGUUGUUCUUGAUUUUUAGGAUAUAAACAAUUAAAGGGUUUUGGAAUUUAACGAUAAGAGCAUCAUUUUCACUCUGUUUUACAGUUACACACAUACAGAGAUGCACAUUUAUCAUUAUUGCAGCCAUAUCAUAUCUGAACAUGGCGCAACCCCAAUUAAUGAUCACUUCAAAAUGUAAAGGACAGAGACAUGAUGUACUGUACUGUUUAACAGCCCUUUACCGAAUAAGACUCGAUUCCCCCUUUGCAUUAAGUGUAUCAUUCUGAUCUCUGUUUGAUACUGUAAAUAUGUAUUUGAAAAUGCAAUCUAUUUUUAUAAUUUGUUUGAAUAAUAAUGUGUUGAAUGAGAUCCUCUCACUGUGUUGAAAUGACUUACUGUUUCAAUUAGGCGAGUCGCGGAAAAAAGUUGUUUGAAAUCAUCCUUUUUUUUUUUUUUUCGGUUGGAAUUUUUCAUGAUUUUUACCUGUUAGAAAAACAGAUGGCUGUUGCAAUAUUGAAACAUGUUAUUAAAAAAAUACAAUACAGGUACCCUAGACUUUGUGUUUGCUCGCGGUCUUCGGGCUUCCAGCGUACCUGCCUGAAUUCAUACACGCAUUGGAGUCUAUUUUAAUCAUGUGUAAUCAAUGUCGAGGCACAGCAAUCAAGCGUUUCCCAUCAGCUUUCAACCCCCGGAAAAACA